GUUUGUACGUCAUCACAUCGCGCCUGUCUGAGAUUCAGCGGCAUGUAAACACAAGAUGAGCGGCAUGGAUAAAACUGCUCUAGACCUUGUUAAGGUCCAUGGAGGUGGAGGGUAUGACUCUGAUUUCAGUGAUGAUGAUGGUGGUGGAGGGCAGUCCAAAUAUGGUGAGAAUAGGGCAGGUAAAGAUGAGCUGUUACAGAAGCCAUUCCAGAAAGGAAAACACACCAAGUUGGCUCAUAAAAAUGUUGCUGCUCAUGAAUGGGACAGAGAGGAAGCCAGAAAUCGACGGCAACACCUGAUAUCAAUGAACGCUUUUGAACGUCACAAAAAGUUUGUCAGCGACUACAUUCUGUACUAUGGAGGAAAGAUUGAGGAAUUCAGACGAUCCAAGUCUAAAGAUAAGACAGAUCUGGAUGUGGUGAGAGAGAACCACCGUUUCCUGUGGAGAGAGGAGGAUGAGGAGGAUAUGACAUGGGAAAAAGAGCUUGCGAAGAAGUACUACGAUAAGCUCUUCAAGGAGUACUGCAUUGCUGACCUCAGCAGAUACAAAGAAAAUAAGUUUGGAUUUCGGUGGCGCAUUGAAAAUGAAGUAAUAUCUGGAAAAGCAGACGUGUGCUUGGGCUCAGGGCGAUCAGGUACAGCCCAAAGCCGAUCCAGACGGCACACUGUCAGAGGUGUGGGAUCCCUGGCAGAAAAACUCCCUGAUGACGCACUUUUCCCUCAGCUCAAAUCUGGAGGAUCCCCAAGCCAGUUCCUUUGUGGAAACAAGCGCUGUGAAAAUAAGGAGGGUCUGAAGAGCUGGGAGGUGAAUUUUGCCUAUGUGGAGCAGGGGGAGAAAAGGAACGCCCUGGUGAAGCUGCGUCUGUGUCCAGAGUGUUCCUUCAAACUGAACUAUCAUCACAAGAGAAAGGAAGUAACGGUGAAGAAGAGACGGCGAUCGAAAGAGAAUGUGGACAAGUCGGUUUCAAAGAAAUCCAAAUCAUCCAGAAAGCACAAGCGCAAAGACAAACGCAAACACAAAAAGAGACGCAAAGAAUACUCAUCUUCAAGUUCAGAGGAGUCCCAGAGUUCAGAUAAAGAUGAAGAGAGUGGAGAAGAAGAGGAAGAGGGUCCUUCAGAAUCAGACCACUGGAGGGGUCCAGCACCCACUGUGGAGGAGAAGUCACGGGAGGAAGAGUUUGAUGAGUAUUUUGAAGACAUGUUUCUCUGAGAAAGGAAGAUCCAAAAGAAUCCUAUGCUUACUGUUUUGUUUUUAUACCGGUUAGUUUUGUUUUUGAGAAGUAUAGUUUGAUUACAAAUUUGCAAUUAUUAUUUUACAUUUUGCAAUAAUUUUACUGGCCUCCUUUAAGCACAAAAAUUUGUAUAUGAAGAUUUUUUUUACUUAUGUUUAUGAAACACAUUAGGCCUUAUUGCUUUUCAUAAUUAUUAAUUAAUUACCAUACAGUACUAGUGUGUAUAUAUAUAUAUAUAUAUAUAGAGAGAGAGAGAGAGAGAGAGAGAGAGAGAGAGAGAGAUAGAUAUAGAUAUAUAGAGAUAUACACACACUACUAGUCAAAUGUUUUUUGAAUGUUUUUAAAGUCUCUUCUGCUCACCAAGCCAUUUUUUUUUAUCCAAAAUACAGCAAAAGCAGUAUAAUUGUGAAAUAUUUUUACUGUUUAAAAUAAUUGCUUUCUAUUUGAAUAUAUUUUAAAAUGUAAUUUAUUCCUGUGAUCAAAGAUACAUUUUCAGCAUCAUUACUCCAGUCUUCAUUGUUACAUGAUCCUUCAGAAAUCUGUUCAAGAAACUAUUAUUAUUAUUAUUCAGUUUUUUUUUUUCAA